CUACUUCCAUGAGUUGACCUCUGCUGGCAGAGACCUCGGCAUCGGAGGAGCUUCAGCUUCAGCUAGGAUGGCGAACGUGUCAGUGGCGGCGGAGUGGCAGCUCCUCUACAACCGGUACUACCGGAAGCCGGAGCUGUACCCUAUGCGAUGGAAGCACAUCGAUCUGAGCCGCAACAAGGUAGCCUGCGCCCCCUUCGGCGGACCCAUCGCCGUGAUCCGGGACGACUCCAAGAUCGUCCAGCUCUACGCCGAGUCCGCCCUCCGCAAACUCCGAAUCUUCAACUCCGCCGGCGUUCAGAUCUCCGAGACCGUCUGGAAGCACCCGGGCGGCCGGUUGAUCGGCAUGGCGUGGACGGAUGACCAAACCCUAGCAUGCCUCGUCCAGGAUGGCACUAUCUUCCGCUACAACAUCCACGCCGAGCUCGUCGAGCCGAGCAUUUCGAUGGGGAAGGAGUGCUUCGAGCAGAACGUGGUUGAUUCCGUCUUCUGGGCCAACGGGGUGGUGUGCCUCACGGAGUCUCAAAGAAUCUUCUGCGUGGCGGACUUUAAGAACCCGAAGCCACAUGAGCUAGCGGAACCAGGAUUGGAGGACUCCGCGCCGCUCUGCAUGGCAGUGAUCGAGCCUCAGUACGUGAUGUCGGGGAAUGUGGAGGUGCUGCUCGGGGUGACAGAGGGGGGGCUGGUAGUGGUAGAGGAGGACUCCGUGCAGAGAGUGGAGACCGUGGGAGGAGAAGUGCUGGGGCCCCUGCAGAAGCUGGCUGUUUCCGGUGAUGGGAAGUGGCUGGCAGCAUUCACACAUGAUGGGCAGCUGUUGGUUAUGCCCACUGACUUUUCUGAGAUCAAGUUUGCGUGCAAUUGCGAGUCCGCCCUUCCUCCAGAGCAGCUAGCUUGGUGUGGAAUGGACAGUGUUGUACUUUAUUGGGAUGACAUGCUUUUAAUGGUGGGUCCUAUUGGUGAACCAGUGCGGUACCUCUAUGAUGAACCAGUCAUUCUUAUUCCAGAGUGUGAUGGAGUGAGAAUACUAUCUAACAGUAGUAUGGAGUUUCUACAACGGGUUCCUGAUUCCACUGUAUCUAUAUUCAAAAUUGGGAGCACGUCCCCAGCUGCUUUACUCUAUGAUGCUUUGGAUCACUUUGACAGAAGAAGUGCAAAGGCAGAUGAGAACCUCAGGUUGAUAAGAUCUUCCUUGCCUGAGGCUGUUGAAACUUGUAUUGAUGCUGCUGGUCAUGAGUUUGAUGUUUCACGUCAGAGGACACUGUUAAGAGCAGCCAGCUAUGGGCAAGCCUUUUGCAGUCACUUUCAACGCGAUCGUAUACAAGAGAUGUGUAAAACCUUGAGGGUCUUGAACGCUGUGCGCAGCAGCGAAGUUGGAAUCCCUCUUAGCAUUAAGCAAUAUAAGUUACUUACGCCAUCAGUUUUGAUUGCUCGUCUGAUCAAUGCUCACCAACACCUUCUUGCUUUACGGAUUUCAGAGUACCUGGGACUUAACCAGGAGGUGGUGAUAAUGCAUUGGUCAUGUUCAAAGAUAACAGCUUCUUUGGCAAUUCCAGAUGCAACUCUUUUAGAAAUCUUACUUGACAAGCUGAGACUAUGUAAAGGAAUAUCAUAUGCAGCAGUUGCUGCUCAUGCUGAUAAGAAUGGCAGAAGGAAGUUGGCUGCCAUGCUUGUUGAACAUGAGCCACGAUCAUCUAAACAGGUUCCUCUUCUGUUGAGUAUAGGAGAAGAAGACACAGCAUUAGCAAAAGCCACUGAAAGUGGUGAUACUGACCUUGUUUAUCUCGUCCUAUUUCAUAUCUGGCAGAAGAGGCCUGCCCUAGAAUUUUUUGGAACAAUACAAGCCAAACCCCUUGCACGUGAUUUGUUCAUCACAUAUUCCAGAUGUUAUAAGCAUGAAUUCUUGAAGGACUUCUUUCUUUCAACUGGACAACUUAAUGAGGUGGCUUUCCUUCUGUGGAAGGAAUCAUGGGAGCUAAGUAAGAAUCCGAUGGCAAGCAAAGGGUCUCCACUUCAUGGUCCGCGCAUUAAACUUAUUGAGAAGUCUCAAGGUCUCUUUUCAGAGACCAAGGAACAUAAUUUCGAAUCCAAGGCUGCGGAAGAGCAUGCAAAAUUGUUGAGAAUACAGCAUGAGUUGGAAGUGUCUACCAAGCAGGCCAUUUUUGUUGACUCCAGCAUCAGUGACACAAUCCGCACAUGUAUUGUAUUGGGAAAUCAUAGGGCUGCAAUGAAAGUGCGAACUGAAUUUAAGGUCUCUGAGAAGAGAUGGUAUUGGCUAAAAGUAUUUGCUUUGGCAACAAUCAGAGAUUGGGAUGCACUAGAGAAGUUCUCAAAGGAGAAGCGGCCGCCCAUUGGCUUCCGUCCAUUUGUGGAGGCUUGCAUUGAUGCUGAUGAGAAAGGAGAAGCUCUGAAGUACAUUCCAAAACUUGCAGAUCCCCGAGAAAGAGCUGAGUCCUACGCUAGAAUUGGGAUGGCCAAGGAAGCUGCUGACGCAGCAUCUCAAGCGAAAGAUGGAGAGCUGCUUGGUCGAUUGAAGCUGACUCUCUCACAGAAUACAUCAGCAUCGUCCCUAUUCGACACUCUUCGGUCGUCCUUCCAAGGUGUUUCAUAGCCUCUUCAACCUUUCAUGCCAAGCCUUCCUCUCUCAUUUUCGAGUUGAUCUUUCAUAUCGGUGUGAAUAUAUGUUGGGAAACCGCAAGUUGGUGUGGAUGUAUGGUGCGAGGGAUGUAAAAUCUUUUGACUGUUCUUCGUGGCCAUUUUGCUUCUUGGCUUUCCAUUUUGCUCCGGAUAAACCUCUUCCCUUUCCGUCGAGUCAGCUGAUUUUUCGCGUUGUUCUUGUUAUGUUUAUUGAUAUCUCUUUUUUUGUAUUUAAAACAAUUUCUCUGUAGAGAUGUGAUUAUUGCAAUGGAGGAAAGGAAUUGCUUUUUAUGAA